AAAUCAAAUGGUGGGAGCGAGUGACCCCGCUAUCCCGUCAUCGCACCCCACUACCAGGCAGUUGUAUCUUCCCUCACAAGUUCUACGCGAUAGGUACAUCAAGACCACUAGACACCCCUGCCAGCCUUUCGAUGCUUCCCUGUGAGCAAUCUCUUAUCUCAGCCUCUGUUGCAUCCAUGAUCCAGCAUGGCCACGUUCACCCACGUCACAUCCAACCAGAGUCUUCGUGAUCCGUGUCUGUCUUUGAUCACCACAACUUGCCUUUCUGACCUGGCAUACUCGUAGCAACCAGCUUGUCGCCAAAAUUUCAGCAUCCGAGUUACCACCGCCAGACCGUGAUUCUCUGCGCCAUAUCUCCAACCUGCAUCCUCCCCUUCUCCCCUCGUGCUUGUACUGCCCGGCCCGAACACCACCGACACCCCGAAGAGGCCCCUACAAUAGUCGCCCAAGAUGAUGAAAAUAUGGUCUAUGAAAAAGGAGCAGCAGAAGCAGGAAAAUGCUGAUGCGGCAGGGGGGAAGAAAAAGAAGGUUACCGCCGCCCAACUACGUGUACAAAAAGAUCUCUCAGAGUUAUCUUUAGGCACGUCGAUGAAGACCGAAUUUCCCAAUCCCGACGAUAUCCUUAACUUUAUUCUCGAAAUCAGACCCGAUGAGGGCGUCUACACCGGCGGUAAAUUUACCUUUACCUUCAGCAUGAGCCAAAGCUACCCGCAUGAGCCGCCUAAAGUGCUCUGCCAACAAAAGAUCUACCACCCCAACAUCGAUCUGGAGGGGAAGGUGUGCCUUAACAUUUUGCGAGAGGACUGGAAGCCCGUGCUCAACCUCAACGCCGUCAUCGUUGGCAUGCAAUUCCUGUUCCUCGAACCGAACGCAUCCGACCCGCUCAACAAGGAAGCCGCAGAUGACCUGCGCGCCAGUCGAGAAACAUUCCGUAGGAACGUUAAGGUCUCCAUGGGUGGCGGCUCGGUACGGGGGAUCACGUAUGAUAAUGUCAUGAUUUCACAGUCCAGGCGUUGAGCAUAGUCUGUUAUGCUUGUGCAUUGAGCCAUGCGCAAAUAGCAACAACUUGUCUUUUCACCAUCCUGAACCGAGACGACCCGAGAUAACUACAUCGCAUUUACAUAUUAGCGGCGGGGCACUUUGCAUUACCUAGGACCUCCGGGGUUUAGGAGCAUCUGUCACGGAACGGCGGCCACUGGUGGCUACGGUUAAUGUCUCGGCACUGAUAUCUAGAUUUCAACUUUUUUUGUUUUUGUUUUUUGAUAAGCAGAUUGGCGGUCCUUUUUUGUUCGUAUCGUUUUCACCAUCACAGCAUCGGCGUUCUUCACAGGGGAGCAUGGUAUUCACGCUGAGGAAUAAACUUGCGCCGGUGCUUUCAUACUAGACCUGGAGUGCUCUCUGGGGCUAGGAAGCGACAUGGAUCGAAGAGAGGGCAAAUAGGGGGGGCAGGCAACGAAUGGCGGCAAGCAGGAACCGGCAGACAGAUAUCGAACAUCUUUGCAAAAAGCCAAAACAAGACGCAGAGAAUACAGGGAGCGGCUAUGAUGUUUCAUAUAAGACCGUUUCACGAUAGAUACAGGAUGGCCAAUACAAAGUGACUUCCCAUACA